AUGUUCACUCUCUUCUUCAACGUCGCUCCCAAACUCACUGCGCCAGCAGGUCACAAAGCCCGCGGUCGCUUGCAGAAAGUUCUCAUCGCAUACUUCCGGCAAUAUCCGGAUGAAUGGAGCUUCCCAGACGACGCUGCAGAACUCACGCGCAUGCGCGCACGUCUUCUGAGGAUGUACGGAAUGUCUGACAUUGACAUUGGUAACAUGGAAAUCGGCAUGAUUCACGCCGCCGUCUCAAAUACCGCGCCGAUCCUCUUUUGGAUGGUCAUCAGCAUCUUUGCCAGGCCCAAGGUUCUUGCCAAGCUGCGUGCGGAGGUUGAAAAACUGGUCGAGGUCACUGAUGGGACAGCCACCCUACGCGCCUCACAGCUGACAGAUCGCAACGUCUGCCCUUACGUGGCGGCUGUGAACCGUGAGGUCAUGCGGCUCUGCGACUCUGUGACCGGGACUCGCUUCGUAGAUAAGGACGUCACCCUGCCCGACGGUACACUCCUGAAAGCUGGAGCAUUAGUCCAUAUGCCCUCGGCGGUCGGACACAGAAUGGCGGACGCCUGGGGACCGCAUGAUCCCGAAGACUUCAUUCCGGAACGGUCGCUCGGCCGCGUUGCCGACAAUAGCAACCCGGAAGAAGUCACAUUUACAGAACCUUCGUCGCAGAGAAAGGCGUUCUGGCCGUUUGGGGGCGGCAAACAUCUCUGCCCAGGUCGGAACUUUGCAUUUGCCGAGAACAUCACAUUUGUUUCGGCGCUGGCUGUCGGCUUCGAAGUGCUAGGUCUUAAUGUUGACACGAUACCGCGAUGUGGCUAUGCUAACCUGACCGGGCAGAGCGUGCCGAAACCGAAUCAACCUGCCAUGGUGACAUUUCGACGUAGAAAGAACUGGGAUAAUGUUACAUGGCGGCUGAUUGCAUGA